AUUUCCCUUUUCCCUCUGAAUCCGGGGGUUUCCUCCCACAGGUGCAGCGAUGGUGACGUCAUCGCCGCCCCGCUGACGUCAUCGCCGCCCCGCUGACGUCAUCGCCGCCCCGCUGACGUCAUGGCGGUGCCGGGGGCGUGGCCGGCGCGGGGGGCGGAGCCCUCGGACAGCAGCCCCGAGCCCCCCUCCCCCUCCAGCUCCCGGCCCCCCCUGUCCGACUCCAGCCCCUCCCCCACCGAGACCACGGCCACGCCUUGUGGGCGGGGCCCGGGGGGCGUGGCUAGGGCUCGCCCCGCCCCUCCCAACCUAGGCGGGGUGGGGGGGGAGCGGCCCCUGGCGCUGUUUGAGGAGGAGCUGGCCACCCGUCCCCGCGUGCCGGCGCUGCUGCGCAGGAUGGCCCCGUACAGCGCCCUGAGCCCCGACAGCGACUGCGGCUCCGCCCCGCGGCGCGCCCUGGGCACCCUGCAGGGCGUGGCGGCCCUGGGUGACCCCUGGCUGACCCCUGGGUGA